AUGGCCGCCAGCAGCACACACCGCGUCGCGAUUGUCACGGGCGGCUCCAAAGGCAUUGGCGAAGCCUGCGUCGUGAAGCUCCUUAGCCAAGGCUACAAGGUCUACAACCUCGACAUUGCACCGGCGUCCCAUGGCAUCUUCGUCGCUUGCGACGUGAGCUCCGUCGCCACCGUCGAGGCCGCGGUCGCUGCGAUCGUGGCCGAGAACGGCCAUGUCGACUGCCUCGUGGCCAACGCCGGCAUCUACUUCAGCGCGACGAUCGAAGAGACGUCCGAG